UCCCAUUUAUGAACGAACCUCUCGAGUGCUGUAAUGAACGUCCUCUAGCAUCUAUUGCGCCAAACUAAAGCUUUCCAACGGGCCGAACGGGAUCAUUACGGCACUAUGAACUUUUAACACCAGACACCUACAAUCUGUCAGGAGAUUAAGGUACAGCCCAGCAGCUGCCAGCUUGGCGGGAGGAGCAUUUCCUGGCCUGAAUGCGAACCGACUGCAGCUGGAGCAUGUCCACUGCAGGCUUGACUGCCCAGGAGAUCUGUUUACCCGCACAAAGCCUAUUCCUGCGGGACAGCCAUUGGUAUAGCAUGGCCGGAGCUAAGCCCUCUUGGAAAUACCAUGAUCUACACAAUAUAUACUUCAUUGAUUCUUCUACGGAUUAUAACAUUCAGUCCCAGCAACAGGUGUUGCCAUCAUUCUCAGGAGCAGAAAAACAGCGGACUGAUCUUCAGUCACAAAACAGCCCAGGAGGCCAGCCGUUGCCCCCAAAAAAGCCCAGACCUUCCCAACUCACCUUGCACACAGACCCUUUCACAUCCAGCCCUGCUGAAGACGACCAAGUGGUUCCCUGCUUUAAACGUCUAACGGUAUCUGACUGCAUCAGUCCUCCCCAGACGCCCAGCCGAGUCACCAAACCCCUUCCCCCAAUUCCCGGUUCAGCAGAGCUUUCCCCGGAUCAGGCUAUGGACAGUGAGGUAGAGUUCUUUAAUGGAGAUGACAAUCGCUGCCUAGUUUCUGAAUCUUGCUCAAAACACUCUUCGUUCCGCUAUGGAAUGCCCAGUCGAAGGAGUUUCAGGGGCUGUGGACAGAUUAACUACGCAUACUUUGAAAGUCCAACAUCCCUGCAGAAGCCACAGCCGCAGCCGCAAAAGCUGAGGCAGGAGCGGGAAACCCAGCAGAGGGAACAGGAGCUCCGCGACCACCACCACCAACUACAGCAGCAGCAGCAGCAGCAAAACUGUCUCCGACAACAGGAACGUACACAAAGGAAGCUGCGGCGUUCCCAUUCUGGCCCUGCCGGCUGCUUCAACAAACCCACCUCCUUCCGGCUGUCCAGUCACCACCAAAACAUGCAAGGCAUGGAUAAACCGGAAGUUCCUCCCAGAGUUCCUAUUCCCCCACGACCAAUCAAGACUGGAGACUACCGCCGCUGGUCAGCCGAAGUCUCAUCGGGAGCCAACAGCGACGACGACCGACCUCCAAAAGUACCUCCUAGAGAACCUGUAUCCGGCAGUAGUUCCCGCACCCCGAGCCCAAAGAGCCUUCCAGUGUACCUCAACGGGAUCAUGCCCCCAACACAGAGCUUUGCCCCGGACCCCAAAUAUGUCAGUCGUGGCCUGCAACGACAGAAUAGUGAAGGUUCCCCGUGCAUUCUGCCCAUUAUGGAGAACGGCAGGAAAGCAAGCACCACGCACUACUUCCUUUUGCCGCAGCGUCCGUCGUACCUGGACAAACAUGAGAAGUAUUUAACAGACAGCACAGCGAGUCGAGGCACGGAUGCCUCGGAUUUGAGUUCCGACUGGGACUGUCAAAGCAACAGGAAAACAAUGCACCAAAUCGACUUUGUAUGAAAAAAAAUGGGGCAUGUUCGACCCCUGAGACUUUUUCCGCUGCUUUGUCGAAACUUUGCUCUAGCGCUCCGAGUGAGUUAUGUAUGAAUUGUUACUGGGAUUUCUCUUGUUUUGGAAACAGUUCUAACAGUCUUCUAAGAGCGAGCUCGGAAACUUUUUUUUUUUUUUUUUU